AUGAAAAGAGCAUAUUAUCUCAACAUACUCGAAUGGAUGUGGGAGCGAAUGACAGGAAAGUUUGAAAUAAAGGAAAAAAAUAUAAAAUGGAAAUAUCGUGAAAAGAUAGAAGCGAAAUCUGAAAAUAAUUUCAUGAAAAAGUAUCCUGUUAAGGCUCUCGAGAAAGAUGAAGAGGAUCCAGAGGAGAAAGAAUAUAUGGGUAGUUCAAUUAAGAUCAAAAUUAGUACAGAAGAUAAUUUUACUUCUAGCUUCCUUAAACUGCCAGAUGCACUGCACUGUCAAGAGCUUUUAGUAAACCAAAGUAUAAUAAAUGAUUAUAGAGAAGUUGCUUCUAUAGCUUAUGUUUCUCUUUUCAAUACAUACUAUUGUGCAAAUGAAAUGAAGGUACAGAAUCUUCUUGAAGCAUAUGCUAUCAAACGAGAUAUAGUAAUAAGUACAAGGGUUCCUGAAAAUAUAGAAAAAGGGAAAUAUCCUGGUGUGUACGUAAUUUCACCUAAUAAAGGGAUUGAAAGUAAAAGACCUGUAACAGGAUUGGAUUUCACUUCAUUAUAUCCCAAAAAGAAAGGCCUAUAUCCUGUUGUAUUAGAGGAUUUAACUAACAAGAAACUGGAGCUUAAAGUACGUCUGGCCCUACUAGGAAAGAAAAGGGAACAUUUUGGAAAGAUGAUAAGUUCAGCUAAAGAAAAUGGUAAAAGGAUACCAGAAAGGAUAAAUUUAGAAUAUUCAUCCGUAUGCUUCGAUUACGAUUAUUGGGAUUCAAAGCAAAAAGCUUUGAAGAAAGGGUUUGGGAUAAAAUAUGGAGAUACUGAUUCUUUGUAUUUCACCUACCUAGAUAGGUAUUAUAAAAAAUGCGAUGAAGCCUUCUCCAGAGAAGAACUUUCCAAAGAAGCGUACUGGACUAAAAUGGUCAAAAUUACUAUAGAUGUGAUGAAAAAGUUAUGUGAUCAAGUAAAUGCUUAUCUUAGGAUAAAAAGUGGAAUGUCUUAUCUAAAGAUAGCAUAUGAAAAGGUAUUAUUUCCUGUCUGCUUUACUGGACAUGGAUGGCCUAAGAAAGAAAAUCUCUGCAAUAAUUGCUUUAUAAAAUGUAUGAGAGAGAGAAAUGAGAGGAUUCCUGAUCCUGGUAAACAGUUUAGCUAUAUUGUUAUGAAGGAUUCCUGUCUUCGUGAUGAGAAAGACAGGUUAAUACCAUAUAGAGUUGGGGAUUAUAUGGAAUAUCCAUCAAACAUAGCAAAAGAGCAAACAUGA